GCUGGAAAUACUCAGCAGAUCUGGCAGUAUCUAUGGAGAGAGAAAAGCAGAGCUAACAUUCAGACCCACUAUGACUCAUUAGGGAAAAAGAGAAUAUGGCCAUGGGUCAACAACAUCCUUCCAUGAUUAGAAUCCAAGAAAUUCAGAAGGAAAUCCAUGAAUCUAGGCGACUUGUAGUUUCGUUCAGCGGUACACAGUCUGACAGAGAAUACAAGCGUCUGGAGAGCACUUUGACCAAGUUGCUGUUUGACUUAGAUGCAGUAGAUACUGACGGCAAGUCUGAUAUCCAGCAUGGCCGCAAAAGUGCAGUGAAGGAUGUGGAGGGACUUCUCAAAGAGCUAGAGCAAAUUGCAACUCACCCAUCUCGACUGAAGGUGGAAAAGGUCUUCAGUGACGCACAACAGUUGGUUACCAAUGAGUUAGCUUCAGCUGGGGGUUUGAUAACUGAGGAAUUUGCUGAUCGCAUCCAAGAAAUCAUAUUUCAACUGACGCAGGUAAAAACAGGAGGAAAACUUAGUUUGAGGAAAGCGAGGUAUCGAGCUUUGACCAGGAUUUGUGCAGUGCAGGACAUCAUUGAAAACUGUAUUGGUCGGCAAGCGUUAUCUUUGCCUCUGUCCACAGAUACGCAUCCUUCUGUUCCCAAGAUCGACUCUGUUUUGUGUGAGGUUAGCAAAGCAAGAUGGGAUGUGAUUGGCCUGCUCAUGAACCUAAAUGCUUUGGAGAACUGUGCACAUCUGUCCCGUGUCCUCACAGGGUUGUUGAUGCAAUUGGAUGCUGCAGAUGUGACUGGACACUCAGAAGUGAGAAACUACCGGAAACGUGUAGUGCAUGAAAUCAAUUGUUUACUAGAGCACUUGGAGAUAGAAUCGGAAGGCGAGGCUGCAGGGAGUUAUGAUUUAGCACAAAAUCAAUCCAUCAAACAGAUAGAAGAAAUACGCCAGAAGACGACACAAUUGAAACAACAGCUGCUGCAAUUAGAAAAUGUUUCUGAUCUCCAUUUCAAAUCAAAGGCAGAGCUGCAAAGUCUUCUCACCGAAUUAGAUAAAAUAGACAUUGGUAAAAAUCCAUGUAUUCGUGAAGCUAGGAGAAGAUCCGUAGUUGAUGUGCAGGCUGUGAUAGCUUAUGUUGACCUGAAGGAGACACUUGGAAAAAGAGAGAACAUGGAAGAACAGCUUAAAGAUGAGCAUCCUUCACAGAAAGCUGUAUGGCAGGUCCUGAGCCAUUUGUCAGAAUUUCAGAAGCAGGUACUGUCAUUUGAUGGAGACAGAACAGACAAGAAUUACGUGAGACUGGAAGAAAUGCUCACAAAGCAACUCCUUGCACUUGAUGCAGUGGAAACCCAAGGGAAUGAUGGUGCGAAGGUUGCCAGAAAACAAGCAGUGAAAUUUGCCCAGAAUAUUCUGAAUUAUUUAGACAUGAAAACAGAUGAAUGGGAAUACUGAACAGUAGUUCAGUGCAUGAAGUGUAUAGUUUUUGUGCUUUUGUGACUCAUGCUUUGCACUAUUUGUAAUAAUUUAGAAGAAUUGUUCAGGCUACUAGUAUAUUUAACAAUUUCAGGAAGGCUAAAGUCCAUAUCAUAAGGUUAUGUAACUGAUUUAACUAGAUUUUUCAAAUUUUCAAAGAAAAUUAAACAGUAAGUGUUCUUUAAAUAUGGAUAGUAAUGAAUGCUUGACAGUAUAUUUGAUAUUUCAUUACAGCGUCAUUUAAGAUUUCAGACACAAUGUAUGCUUUGGGAACACCAUAAAAGGAAGGCAGUGAAAUAUAAUGGCUAAAAGUAUUGAUGAAUUUAGACCCUUGGCUGUUUCUAUAUUAUGCUGGAGUAAGGGGUUCGAUCAUUUACUGGGUCGUCUGCCUUCUGCCUCUCUGCUUCCUUUCGCUUAGACUCCGCCUCUAUUUCCUGCGACUUCGACCCUGGGGAACCCCCUCUUCCUGGUUUACCCUUUUUCGGAAACCGAUAUUCCAUGAUCCAGUCUUCCCACAAUUAAAACAUGCUUUGGCCUUGUUAGCCCCUUCCUGCUUCCAUUCAUUUCUGCCCCCUGGGCCUCACUUCAUUGCAUGUGCUUUACCCUUCUGCUUGAGCUCUUCUACCACCACCACCCCCCCCCAAGUCAGCUUGAAAUGCUAGGAUCAGUUUCCUCAGUACCCCUGCCUCUGUAUUCGUCAGGUCCUCAGGGUCAAACCAUGACUCUGCCAUCGUUUUAAUCCAUGGCAGGCAGUGGGAUGCAAGGGUCCUCAGCCAAUGGUUUCUAUCAACCCCCACUGGUUGUAACCAAUCCUAGUUGCCUCCUGUAGCCUUCAGAUACACAGUCCAUGACCUGUCUGCAAACCCAUCCAAUGCCACUCCCACUGGCUGCUGGGCCUGUUUGACCUGCAAGAACGUGCUGCCCUGACCAUGUCCCAGUGCAAUCAAAAUCUCAUCCUUCAACCCAUUCACAUUUCCACCCCCUACCUUAGUAGCUGCUGAUAAACUCUGAUAUAACUCAUCGUCCAGGGAGAACAAGAUCAGCUUUUUAAUCUAGUGCUCAUCACAGCUGUUAAUUCCCCCUUUCUGUUCUAUAUUUGCAAAGUGGGCAGAGGCUUCCCCUCCAGUUUUUAACUUUGGCAUGUUGGCUAGCAUCUCCUGCAACUGGAGGGUUGUAUAUGGGACUAAAUAGUCACUUUGCAAUGGUGGUGGACCAUCGCCUACUGGAGGUGGGCCAAACUUCUGCUAUCGUAGAGGGAACAUUGAUCUUUGUGGACCAGGUGCUUCGGGAGCUGGCUGACUCCUGCUAUUCUGAAUCCCUUCAUCAGACUCUUUCCCCACUUCAUCCGUGCCUAUACCACAUUCUCCUUGUGCCAUGAGGUUGGCCAAACCUCUGGCCCCUGAUAAUGCUAGGGUCAGCUUCCAGAUCUUUUCCCUACAGGGCCCGCGGUCAGCCUCUCCAUGUGUCUGACUGUGCUACCUUUUAAGCUGUCUUACUAUCUUUCAGCUGCCCCUCAGCCUUACCAGCUCUCUCCAGUUGCCUGGCACUUUGUUCUCGUUGAGCCUGGCAUUCCCUUUUACUUUCCAUAAUCUGGCAUUGCAAAUAUUCCACUGUGCUCCUUGAAGCCUCCUCGUGCACUCUCCUCUCCUGCCUUUUGCUUCUUAAUUCUGCCGCUAGCUGACCCACCACGGCCUCCCUAUCGUUUGCCCUGUUCACCCACUCCUCCUUUUCCUCCUGCACUUGCUUAAGUUUCACUGCUAGAAUUUGGUUUUGUCUCUGCAUACAGAGCAGCCAAACUGCAUUUUCUUUUGAUUUCUUGUGUGAACUACUACCGCCCACUCGGCUACCUUCUCCCCUGAGCAGGCAGCAUUCCUCAACUCCUGCAUCCACGAUGCAGAAAAGUUCAAUUUACCUCCUACACACUCGGAUGUCCUCUACUCCAUUGAAGAUUUCUUGCUCUUAGCCCCGUCCAUAAUUUGUUCUUAACCUUAAAGUCCUGCCACGGUCACCAGAUAUGUAAGGGAUUCAAUCAGUGCUCGUUUACCCUUACUGUUGGUUCUUGAUUUAGGAUCUUAUAAAGGACAAACUCACAGGGACACAGGUUUAGACUCAACUACAAACUUACUUAUUGACAGAACACUUCCACUGCCCCUAAAACAAGAGCUCUAAACUAAGUGUAGUGAUGCUACACAAAGCUCUAAACCACAAAUUAAUUCAUAAAACUCCACUGAAAAGUAGAACUACAGGCAACCCCACGUUUCUGCCUGAAAACUUGGUCAGUCUAACUCAAAUCCCCUUUCAGGAUUUAGUUACUACCCUUAAAACUAUCCUUAAUUCUCAGCCCCAAGAUCUGUGGAUCUGGCUGAAACUUACAACUCCCCGCACGGUUGGUUGUUUCGAUGUCAGCUGUAGGUCCGUGAGUCAGGUUGACCGUUCCUGAUCCUUCUUGGUGACUGCAGUGCCAGACCCCUUUUUAUUACAAAUCUUGUUUACAGUUUCAAGUACUUUUCCUGGAGCACAUUCUGCUUGGAUGGUUGGUGCUUAGCAUCCCUUAAUCUCUUUAGUCUGGUUCCUGCCUUGGUUCAGACAACCCAUUCAUCACAAUGUUGUUUCCACGAUCGAAACGAUGGACCCCAUCCCAGUGUGAUGUCUCUGGAUCUCAAGUUAGUGUGCAUGUGAUAAGAUCCAUUUCUCCUUCGCUGUUGUCAAUGUUUAUUUGUGUGAUGUCUUUUGUCUAGGGCCACUUGCUGUGACAUUCUCCCAGUUUCUUUAAUUGGAUUGUUUGAUGGCACCUGCUUUGUCUCUUUGAGAUAAUAAUGUCCCAGUAUCUUUACAGAGUAUCGAUUUGGAUGCGGUGUUGACAUAUUUGAAGAUUAACCCCUUGCAGUACAGCCUGCCUCUGUGUUGAGAUUUAGCCUGUUUUGUUUUGCAAUGUUUAUGUCCAUGAAGCAUGGCCUUUGGGGUUUUUACAUUUAAUAAAGUCCAGUUGGAGGGGAUUCCGAUCCAACACUGGUUUUCAACCCUUUUAUAUUUUCUUAGGGUUCAUUCAUGUCCAGGACAUUACCUGAGACAACUGGGUUUAUAGCUGCAAAUAUUUCAUAGGUAAUAGAUGGAGUGUUGGAACUGAACAAUAUAUGAUUGAUAUUAUUUUCUUUUUUGUAGAAUGUGCAUUUUAUUUCUAUUUGAUUUGAAUUGAAAUUAGCCUCCUGUGUUCCCUCUAAACUGUGCGGGUGUGUAGCUGUGGUAGCCAUCCAGAAUGUACUGUGCAUGCAACAAACAUGCUGCGCACAAGCAACAUUCCCUUUAAGUUGCACGUUUGCAUGGCUGCGCAGUAACAGCAAUGCAACAAAUAAGUUGCACAUAGUAGAGAAAUUCCAGGGAACAUUCCUUAGCUAACAGUUGAAUUUAAGUAUCUUAGUUCACAUGUAGAAUGCCAGCAUGUUUCCCAUUGGUUUUGUUGCUUUCUCCUAAGACUACAGCUAUAUUGAAUAAAUAACAUUCAAAAAUGAUAAUUUUAAAGAUAAA